GAUUUUCAGUUACUAAUAAUCCUUAGAGCGACUCAUUCCAAUCUCCAAAUACCUUUGGCUAUCUGGCCGCUCGAAUCAACUGGAAAGACAACCUCGAUGUUCGACAGUUCCCUGUCCUAAAGGAAUCACGGACCCGCGAAAUUUUUACAAAUGAGGUCAGUGUUCUCGCAGCAAUGGUUUGUUACCGGCAGAUCAAAUCCGCUAUGGUUCGAACUUUGGUGGCUGGUUUUCCAAACCUGAAAACCCGGAGAGGGCGGAAAGCAGCCAAAGACCAGGGCUGAGUACGCCGACUACUUGAUAAAGAACGGCUGGGAGCCUGAGCUCAAUAAUGCUAAUGAACCGCCUGGCGCACAUUCCGUGCUACUUAAAGAGGUACACGACCCUCUUAGUGCUCCUCCCAAUCAACCAGGUUUUAUGGAGUAUGUACCUUGCCAACCUGGACAGAAACCCUCUGCUAAGAUGAGCACCUUUCUUUCUGGCAUUGUGUUGGAUGUUCCCAAAGGAUCUGAACCCGAGGUAGACGGGGAAAAGGAAGAGGAAGAUAAUGAGGAUACAGAGGCCACAUCCAGUGACUUGGCCAGCAUUUCGGACAAUGAUAGUAGUAGCCAAUUUGAAUCUCCGCCCGCUGAAACGCCAGUGGCAGGCCGUGGCCGUGGACGUGGAGGACGUGGUAAUGCUCGAGGUGGUACAAAUGGUAAGGGAGUUCAGCAAGGUCAAAGUGAAUGUCGUAGGGGGGGUCGAAAUGGAAACAUUAACAAUGUAACUGCAUCUGUGCGCCCCUCUAAGAGAAUUAGGCUUAAGGUUAAUAUGCCUACUUAGGAUAGUGUGGAAAACUAACUUAGUUAGAUUUAAUUUACAAGAUAGCUGAUGCAGGA